AUGGACAAGUUUAAAACCAUCCUCAACAUUGCCAACAAGCAGUCCGGCCUCAGCUUCGGCCUGGUCACGUUACUCACCGUGGGGGGCGAGGAGAUCUUCUCAGACGUGGUUUUCAAAUGCCCCUGCAACCACCUCAACUUCAACUACAGCCUGGUGUUUUUGCUUGUUCCUGCUUUGGCCUUGUUCACCCUGAGUUUCAUUUUGUCCAAGAAAACAUGGAAAUUGGUGACCGGUUUGUGUCGUAGAGAGGAGAAAGUUUGUGGUAGCUGCGGUGAAGUGAAGCCUCUCGGAAAUGAGCUGCUUCAGAUUUCGACGUUUGUGUUCCUGGCUCCGAGCACCUGGAUUGCGGUGGCUCUUCUGAAUGGGGUGUUCAUAGAGUGCGCCAUGACGGGGACCAAUACGACGAUGUUUAAUAGCCGUUUGUGCAAAGGGAGGGAGAAGGAGGCGGACUGCGUGGAGGAGCUACACACGUUCCCCUGCGAAAAAGUUGGAAAAGUGCCUAAAAACGUGAGAGACGAAGUGCUCCUCACGCUCAGAGCAGAGUCACAGAUUGUGGGCUGGCUGCUGAUUGGGACCAUCUUCCUUUCCCAACUGGUCAUCAGGUGUCUGGCUCGAUGCUGGUCUCCGCUCAGUUACCUCCAGCUGAAGUUCUGGAGGCUCUACAACCAGGAAGAGAACUCUGUCUUGAACUCGUACACAGCAGAACGUGCCCGAGAACUAGCCAAUCGCAACGUGGAAAGCUUCUUCAACAACUCCAAACCAGACUCUGUCCACAUACCGUUAAACCAGGAUUGGCAGCAGAUCUCCUCCCUCUACAUGCACCCCAACGAACCAGAGAAGCAGUACUACAGUACACUGCACAGUUUCAUCGAGACCAAGAAAGAUAACACAUCGAAUCAGCCUCACCCAGACUCCACCUCCAGUGGCCCCCAGGAAGCAGUUCCACAGCACACUGCACAGUUUCAUUAA